UCUCUUUAAUCGGCACCGCUGCCGACUUGUAUACCUACGGCGCUAUGACAGUCAUCAUGUAUGUCGGAUUUUCUCUCAGUUACGUCAUCGGUCUGUUCACCAUUGUGCCGCUGUUCUAUUCCCUACAACUGACAAGUAUCUAUGAGUACUUCGAGUUGAGGUUCCACUCACGUGCAGUGAGGAUGUCAGCACUGACCAUUGGUAUGUUACAGACCAUCUGCUACAUGGCUAUUGCCUUGUUUAGCCCAGCGUUAGGGCUACAGACAACAGCGAACAUCCCAUUGUGGAUGUCUAUUGUUAUUGUUGGCAUCAUCGGCACCGUGUACUCAGCUCUGGGUGGUAUCAAGAGCGUUGUCUGGGCGGACGCUUUUCAAUGUUUCGUCAUGUUUGGUGGGGCUCUUCCUAUUAUUAUCGUUGGUAUAAAAACAGCAGGUGGGUGGUCAGAGUCGUGGCCACUAGCUGUGAAAGGUGGAAGAGUUUCUUUUGACUCCUUCGACAUUGAUCCAAGAGAAAGACAUACCUGGUGGGGAAUGGUUAUGGGCGGCGCAUUCUUGUGGCUGGGCAAUACAUUCAACCAGUCAACCAUCCAAAGAUUGUGUGCCAUGAAGACAAUGAGAGACGCCAAGCUUUCCUUUAUCCUAAACAUCCCAAUAAUUUUAAUUUACAGCUUCAUGUUGUUUUUUGUUGGCUUCGGAGUUUACGUGUAUUUUGCAACAAUUCAGUGUGACCCAUUCUCUAGCGGCUUAAUCAGCAACAGAAACCAAAUUCUACCAUUCUCUGUGAUGCACGCUCUAAAAGACAUGCCUGGGUUGGCUGGUCUUUUUAUGGCCACUCUGUUCAGUGCUUCUCUCAGUACUAUCUCAUCAGGUAUCAGUGCACUGGCUGCAAACACAGUAGAGGAUAUUUUGAAGAAGUAUCUUGGAGGUGUUCAAGAGAGUAGAAUAACACUGUUUACCAAGUUGCUUGUCUGUGUGUAUGGCUUUACCAUUGUUGGUCUUGCAUACUUGGCGAAUUCACUACAGGGCCCCGUAACGCAGAUGGGGGCAUCGAUUUUUGGAGCCUGUGGGGGUCCUGUGUUUGGGGUGUUUAUACUUGGGGCGUGCAUCCCUUGGAGCAACAAGUACGGCGCCUUAGGUGGAGGUGGGCUGGCUCUUGUUUUCAACGUGUGGUUGGCCAUUUCAGGACAGAUGUAUGGGAGGAAAAGCCGACCUUUGACCCCGCCUCCAGUAGAUAACUGUUACAUCAACGGCUCUAUGUGGCUGUCCAAUAACACUUUGAACCUCAGUAACGUGACAAUUACACUUCAAAGAGUCAACACUAUCGCAGUUGAUAAAGACCCAUACAGUUUCGGUUUCUUUCUACACGAUAUAUCCUACAUGUGGUAUGGUUUUAUUGGAUGUUUUGUUGCCUUCAUCUCUGGUGCUAUAAUCAGCAUUUGCUUCAGGAACUUCGACCACUCCAAGACUGACCCAAGACUCGUUGUGCCAAUUUUUCGUAAACCUUGGUCCGUGUUGAGCCACGAAGAUAAAAUACACUUGACAUGUAAUCCACAUCAGUUGAAUAGUAAUGAACAAGAGAAGAGUGACAUGAAACAAACGAGAACAACACCAAUUCACAAUUAACCAAGUCUUUUUGAACGGUUCGUUUCUAAAAACACUCAGCAACUAUAUGGUUUAUAUGUCUAAAUGAGAAUUCUAAAUUCUGAAUCAAGUUUGUACAAAUUUAACCCACAAUGUUAGCCAAAUCGGAAGAAUCUCUUUUUCGUGUUUGACAGUAUUCUACCAACUUUAUUUUGUAUAAUAACCAAUUUUUUAGAAUUAAAAUUUGGCAAAUUUAAGUUUAUAUUUUAUUUCAACUCCUGUCCCUGUUCAGCUGUUGCACUGAUUAUUAUCAGAGGAUAAUUCACGUAAUGGGCCAAGGAUUAAAAGUUGUUUGUACGCGAGGAAAAAAUACACGUACUUGACACCAUUACAUAAUUAUCUGGAACAUGGUUAGCGAUUAUGUUCAAUUGGUGUGUUUUUAAUUCAAUCUCUUGAAUAUACAUUUACAUAUUAUAA